UUAUUUGCAAAUUUGUUGUAUUGUGAUUUUUUGGUUGUACUACAUAUAUUUUUUACAAUUACACCUCCUUUACGAGUCAAAUGGACCCAACACUAGCAAUUUCCUCGCCAUUUUACAACGAACAUAGGGCCACUAAUGGUACCUUAGACAAUGUAAUUGCCCAAAUUGCUGGUAAGGGGGAUGAUGAAGCCAAUAGUCAUGGUAUUGCUGGUCAAGAGGGGAGAUAUUUAGCUGCGUGUACAGCAUCAACGCUCAAUAGCCAUCUCUGUAGCUUUUGCAGCAAUCGCUCCACCACAGCCUUUCUACCUAUGGAUGGAAUUUAUCGCUGUUCUGAAUGUGUGGAUGGGCAGCGAACCGUAAGCUAUCCGCGCCGCUUUCCUAUAGGCACGUUUAGGUGUUGUCCUACUUCGCAAGAAGAAGGCGACAGCGGAGUGGUGCGUUGCAUUGUGUGCCACAAUUGGUACCACUUGAAUUGUGUUGGCAUAAACGAAAAGGUGCUACAGAAUUAUGUGAGGUUAUCAACGACGCGAUGGUACUGCCCUGAGCCGGCCUGCUGCAAAAAAGCUUUAAAAAAAGGACUAAAAAAACAAAGGAGUGAUAAACAAGCAAAUACUUCUUUGACAUAAUCCAAAUAUAUAUUCAUCAGCGAAUGUUUUUUUGCUGCAUUAUAGUCUUUCAGAUUAGAUGAAUAAAUAGAUCGUUCAACCGAUAUGCUUGGCAUUUAUUUUCUCAU